GGCGGCACGAGACGCGGGACUCCUCCACUCGCGGGCUCAGCCGCCUGCGGAAAGUACGCCGUCAACGCAUCAUCCAUCACUCUUCCGCCCUGCGCCGCCGAUGCCCCCCUCAGCCGGGAUGCCCCCCUGCGGCAAUGCCAGCAGCAACACCCACAGCGGAGCCUCCCGCGUGCGCCUAGGGCAAAGACCACGCCCCCCCCCCCCCCAUUCACAAGAACAAGUCAAGGGACACGGAACGAACCCGUUGCGCCCUCGGAGUCCGCUCUGGCGGCCAAGCCAAUGGUGACCUUCGCAAACAAUUGA